CAGCAAAGUUGAUCCUUCCUUUGCAGAGAAACCAAAUCUGAUCAAUAAAUUAGUGCAAAGAAGCGUGUUUUUUGCGUUCUAAAGUACAUUUAAAUUUGAUCCUUGAAGGUUGUGUUUCGUGGAAGCGAUUCAAAACAAAGAACUUGACCGUCGAUUAAAUCGGCGGGUAGAAAAGGAAGAAGCAUUGUAUUGUAGUUGACCUUGUGUCUCUUUAUUCCAUUACUAUCUCUCACUCAUAUUCUGUGCACUCACCUGAAGAUCCCGUUUUUCGAGGUAUUGCAUAAACCAGCCACUAGUCCAAAUUCACUUCAUGUUUCAAUGUAAUCGAAUCCCUUUCGGUUGUGGAUAAUUUGCAAUCCAGGUUUAUUUUUUGAGAGUGAAUAUUUUCAAUGGUUUCUGGAACCAUUAUGACUAUGAACAUGAACAUGAACAUGAACAUGACCAUGACCAUGACCAUGUCACUCCCUAAUUCCAAGAGAAUUAGUGUAACUCCAAAGGAAUCUCUUUCGCUGAAGCCCAACCAUUUAUAUUCUCUUAGUUCACUCCCUUCUUUCAGUUUCCAGUUGUGCACUCACAGAGGAACAACAACUUGGAGACACCCAGUUUUAAGGACAUCACAAAACUCUCCUCAAUGUAGCUUGCUAGGAAUCUCCAAGGAGCACAGAAAUGUGCUGUGCCUACCUGUUAGUCCUAAAUUGCAUGUUCGAAAUAAAUUCCCCAGAGAUGUAGUUGUAAGAUCUGAACUUACUGCAGCCAACUCUGCUGGAGAUCAUUAUUCACUACCUGAACUGAAAAUGGAGUCUAAAAUCAGGGGAGCUUGCUUUUAUGCUGUUACUGUCGUCACUGCCAUAUGUCUUUUUGUAAUGAUGCUGGUUGGACAUCCUUCAGUCCUCAUAUUUGAUCGCUACCGAAGAAAGUUUCAUCAUUUUGUUGCCAAAUUCUGGGCUAUGCUGACUGUGACUCCGUUUUUCAAAAUUGAAUUUGAGGGAUUGGAGAAUCUUCUACCUCCGGAUACCCCUGCUGUGUAUGUUUCGAAUCAUCAGAGUUUUCUAGACAUAUAUACUCUUCUUACUCUAGGAAGAAGCUUUAAGUUCAUAAGCAAGACAGGGAUAUUCCUCUUUCCAAUAAUUGGGUGGGCAAUGUUUCUUCUAGGCACCAUUCCUUUAAAACGCACAGACAGCCGAAGCCAGCUGGACUGUCUAAAACGAUGCAUGGACCUUAUCAAGAAAGGGGCCUCUGUUUUUUUCUUUCCAGAGGGAACACGCAGUAAAGACGGAAAACUAGGGACUUUCAAGUCCCACCUUCCUGUUUUCAGGUAGGAAUGACCUGCUUUUGGACUGGGAUGCUUAUCACAAGGUGACACAUUGGCAUUAGGUCACUUGAUGAAGUGUUGUGGAGAGAUUUAAUGAUUAUAUAGAAGCUAUCCCUGUUAUUCCUCUCUCUUGGACCCAGGCACCCAGCACACAGAUAAUUAAGAAAGAGCUGGGGUGUUUCAACGACCCUGGAUUUUUUGGCCAACAUGGUUGGCUCAACUAAGUUGUCUGAAAAAUAGAGUCUGCUUCCCUGCUUUGUGAUGAUUAAAGUGAAAUGCCGAAUGAGUCUGAUGAUGAAAACAAUGUGUUGGCAACUUUCAAAUUAAGAUAAAUUAUUUUUAACUCUGUUUCUGCUGCUGUCUUUUCUUUUAAUAUCUUUAUGCUGGCUAAGAUUUCAUGUCAACUAAUUAACUGUAAUUUUUAUAACUUUCCUUGUGGGGAUGUGCAGAAGGGUGCUUUUAGUGUUGCUACAAAGACAAAUGCACCAGUGGUACCAAUUACCCUUAUUGGAACUGGCCAAAUCAUGCCUGCAGGAAGGGAGGGAAUAGUGAACGUAGGUUCUGUGAAAGUUGUUAUACAUAAACCUAUUAUUGGAAAGGAUCCUGAUCUGUUAUGCAAAGAAGCUAGAAAGACAAUUGGAAGUGUGCUGACUCAAAGCUGAGAAAUAUCCUGCAAAAGAGUUCUUUUAAUUUCUAUUCAAUGAAACCCUAACAUCCUCUGCCUCGAAGGGAAUUUGAAAGUCAUGCUUUGCUUAGGUGGAUAAUCUUGAUUCAAUGUUGGAGGACCAGGUCUACUAGCUUUGAGUUUGAACAUGUUAGACAAACAUUAUCAGUCAUAAUUGGUUCCUCUGCUUUUUCCUUUGGAGAGGGAAGAGAGGACCCGAAGGGACUGUGAGGUUGUCCUUUGCAUCUUAUGCGACAAAUAAGAUUAACUGUACCUAUAUUCCUAAGUUAAGAAUUUUAAACUUUUGGGAAAGAGUAUGGGAAUAGCGAACUAUAAGAAUAGCUGUGUAAGUUUCAGAAAUGAUGAUGCUUUUAAGAGAAAAUACUAUUUGUAAGUACAGUUCGCACAUUUUUGCAAGACAAUGUUGAAAAGGUAAACGUUAUCCACACGUGUGACAUUACC